AUGGAGGAACGGAAUCCGAUUGAACUCUUAGGGGGCCGGGGUGGCGGGGAGGGUCCCGCGGUUCGGCAAGCGGAGAACCCCUCCCUGAUCGAUCAAGGCCCUAAGGUUGCACUUUGGCCCUUGCCAACCAUUCGUCCUCUCAGUGACCUUGUGUCAUUGCAAAGAAGACGGGCCCAUGUGUGCGGCUCUUCCACCCUGCCCCCGGGAAUGUCCUGGCCCAGCUAUCUGAAAAUGGUGGCGGCCAGCCUCCUGGCCAGGUGCGCUGGUGCCCAAGUGGUGCACAGGUACUACCGGCCCGACCUGACAAUACCUGCAAUUCCACCAAAGCCUGGAGAACUCAAGACAGAGCUACUGGGACUGAAAGAGCUACAACACAAACCGCAGGUCGUAGAGCAAUAA